AUGUUAUACCAAGUAUCUUUGUAUUCAGUCACAUCGCCCGGGUACAAGGCAGCCUCAUCAGCCACAUCGCCGCGACAGGAAGCAGAGCAGGAAGAACUCAGCCCCACCCGCAAGAAGCAGAGCAGGAAGAACUCAGCCACAUCGCCGCGACAGGAAGCAGAGCAGAAGAACUCAGCCACAUCAAGCAGAGCAAGGAAGAACUCAGAUCGCCGCGACAGGAAGCAGAGCAGGAAGAACAGAGCCACAUUAGACAGGAAGCAGAGCAGGAAGAACUCAUCGCCGCGACAGGAAGCAGAGGCAGGAAGAACUCAGCACUCGCCGCGACAGGAAGCAGAGCAGGAAGAACUCAGCACUCAGCCGCGACAGGAAGCAGAGCAGGAAAGAACUCAGCCAACGCGACAGGAAGCAGAGCAGGAAGAACUCAGCCACAUGACAGAAGCAGAGCAGGAAGAACUCAGCCACAUCGCCGCGACAGGAAGCAGAGCAGGAAGAACUCAGGAAGCAGAGCAGGAAGAACUCGCCACAUCGCGCGACAGGAAGCAGAGCAGGAAGAACUCAGCCACAUCGCCGCGACAGGAAGCAGAGCAGGAAACCGAAAUCCAGCCUCGACUAACUCGAAUCACUAUCACACCUUCUGCUAACACACGCAUCACACACUACAAUAUCGCGAACCUCAUGCAUACAAUCAACAAACAUAAAUUUAUCAUUGGGGUUUGA